AUGGCUAUAACCGAUCUACUCAAUCGCCGAGUGCGAGCUCGGCCAGAAGAUGAAGAGGUCUUCUCCGAGGCAUCAGGUUCCGAGGAUGGUUCGCAGGAUGGCUCUGAUGCCGAAUCCAACGGUUCCAUGCAAUCACCCGCAGAUGACUCCGAAGCCGAAGGCACAGGCACUGGCUCCGAGUCCGAAGCCAGCAACUCCGACAACGAAGAAGAGCCCGAAUCCGAGCACGACUCCGGCGACGACUUCAAAGCCUCACUAGCCGACAUCUCCUUCGGCGCGCUCGCCAAAGCGCAAGCCUCAAUGCGCGAGAAGAACCGCAAAGAAAAGCGCACAUCUAAAGACGACACAUCCUCAACACUAGACGACAUCCGUACGAAGCUCCGCGAAGCACGCGAACAAAAGCUCGAAGCGGCCUCGAAAACCAAAACCAAAGAAAAGAAAAGAACCUCCAAGCACGCACCGAUGGAGCAAUCCUCCAAACGGGCCGUGACACGCAAGCGCAUAGCCGUCGAACUCCCUCCCGCUCCUCGAUCCCGAGACCCGCGCUUCGACGCGGCGGUCAUGGGCCACAGCGGUGUUGGGAAACACCCGCAUGGCGGGACUGCGUAUGCGUUCCUGGACGAGUACCGGGCGUCUGAGCUGAAUGAUUUGAAGGAGCAGAUGAGGAAGACGAAGAAUCUUCAGCAGAAGGAGAAGCUUAAGGGGGAGAUUCGACGGGCGCAGGAUAAGUUGCGGUCUGCGCAGAAUAAGAAGCGGGAGGCGGAUGUGCAGGCUGAGCAUAAGAAACGGGAGAAGCAGUUGAUUCGGGAGGGCAAGAAGGCUAAUCCUUACUAUCUUAAGAAUUCGGAGUUGCAGAAGCAGGUUCUUGAGAGGAAGUAUGAGGAGAUGGGAUCGAGGGAGCGGGCUAAGGCGCUUGAGAGGAGGCGGAAGAAGAUGACUUCUAAGGAGAGGAAGGAGAUGCCUUGGGAGAGGAGGGGGGCUGAGGGUGGUGGUGGUGGUCAGGAUGGGGGUAUGCCUAACGGGGGAAAGAGACGGAGGUUGGAGUAG